AUGAGGAUCAGAAGCCACCUAAUGAUCCAGACGAAGAUGCUGCCGCAAGAAUGCGGCUCAAACGUAAAUUGCAGCGGAAUCGUACUUCUUUCAGUCAAGAACAAAUUGAAGCCUUGGAAAAAGAAUUUGAAAGAACACAUUACCCAGAUGUUUUUGCUCGUGAAAGAUUAGCUACAAAGAUCGGUUUACCUGAAGCGCGUAUACAGGUAUGGUUUUCGAACAGGAGGGCCAAAUGGCGUCGUGAAGAAAAGCUAAGGAACCAAAAACGACCGCCAGGUAUGGAUACAACAAUGGCACCAGCUAAUUCCAAUGUCAGUGCUAAUAGUGCUGCCGGUAGUUCCGGCUCAACGCAAGGUAGCUUGUUAAAUCCUGGAAGCACGGGUACACCUAUGGGUAGUAGUCCUACUGCUACACCAACAAGGUUUAAUAAUCCGGUUAUUAGCAGCAGCUUCGCUCCAUCCAGCACACAAAUGUAUUCUUUGCCACAACCGACAAUGGAUCCUUACAGCUUUGCAAACGCUGGAUUAGGAAUGGGAACGCCACAACAUCCGUCUGAUUUUAGUUCUUAUCAUAUGUUCUCUAGCACUGGAAGGUCACCCUACGAUGCUUUUCACCCAUAUGCCCGAACAGUUCAACCAGGUGCACCACCGGCAUUUGCUUCUACAAUGAACCAUUCUUCAAUUUCCAACGUUGGUGGUCUUGGUGCAGGUAUGAGCCUACCGGUCUCGGUUUUAUCAACAAUUGAUCAAGCGAUUCCGUCGCAACCGCCGCCACGAUUUGAUGAUUUAACAGAUGCGCACCAUGAUCCACAGUACUGGCGUACUAAUUUUUCCUCUUAA